AUGCUGAGCAUAAUCGCAAAUGACGACACGUGUCUGGAACGCAGUGUCGUUCCAGAUGAGACGCAGGAAGUUUCUUAUCCCGAGGGACCCACCGACGGCGACGACGACGAGGAGGAUGCUGACAGUCAUGGCAAAGAGGAAUGUUCGAUUUACGGUAGAACAAGGCGAGCAACUUCGAGAAAAACUCGAGAGGACUUCGACCUGAGCACAACCUACCCGCUUGCGAACAGUCAUGGAAACGCUUAUCGUGAAUCUACUAGCCACGCUAGAUACAGUGAACUAUACUCCGAAUUAGCAGUGAGAAAUUACUUGGAGAUUAAUAGAGACGAUGUAGCGAACUACUCGGUGGCUAAUAGCCACGGUGAUCAUAGUAUAUCAUCCGAGAACAGGGAAAGAAGCAUCAGAGAGAACGCGGAGACUGAUCAGCUGGCUUGGGACACCAGACAGCACACUAAUUACGAAGUAGCUAACAGUCAUAGCAACUACAGGGUUUUCUAUGAUAGUCGAACGCAGCAGAGGGAUUUGUUACAAACGUCUGCCUGGCCAGUAGAGCCAUGGAGGGAACACACGAAUACUUGCGUGACAGAGGAUACGACACGGAAAUCGGAGAACGUUGAGAAAGUAGACGAAGAAUCGAAGAAGAGCAGUCGAUCACAAGUGAAAAGCGAUUCCAGCAAGGAACCAACGUGUGACAUUGAACAGUGUCUGGUUCAAAUCGAGGAGAGCCUCUUGAACAUCGAACAAAACCUCCUUCAUGUGCAAGAUCUUGACAUCCCGGAAUUGAGGAAUCUUUUGUACAAAAGUCCGAGCAUUGAGAAGAGCCUUUACGAGGUUCAGGAUCUUCUCUAUGCCGAUGGUAUCGUUCCUGUAAUAGACAAUGACAACGAAGAUGACGAUGCUGGUGCUGGUGCUUUCGACGCGUCGAACGAAGAGUCCUCUGACACUGCUAACGCCGAGGAGAACAAUCAAUCAGGAUCGAUGGACGAUCAAUCGAACACUAAUUGUGUGGACGGGUCAACGGUGUUUCGAGAAGCCAGUGACUCGAAUUACACUGAGAAGGCGAUGAACUUUAUUCCAAACAGUCUGAACAAAACGCUGCCCAGAAGAAUCGUUCUCGAUGGAACCAGAGAGAACAUCAGGCUCUGUUCCUCGGAACCGGAGGAAUCGAUGAUCAUCGACUACAAUUUGAACACCAGUUGCGCGGAUAAGAAACCAUUUUGUCGCGACAAGUGUCACAGUAGAACGAAUUCCCUGGACGAGAACUCGAAGUUCUCCAAUUUGGACUCUUCUGACAAACGCGAGACUGGUAAAAGCUCUCUGCAAAACUUGCUGUUCGAGUCGACGAACAAUAAUUUCCUUGAUUUUUCUGGGAAAGCCAGGUCCGAAGAGAUGUUACAGAACAGAACAUCGAGAACGAACAAAAAGGGAACGAAGGAGAAACUUUGGACCAACGUGGAGGCUAAGACGGAAGACUUCCGCAGGAAGUUGGAGUCUAUUUCUUUCGCUCGGACGACGAACCUUACACGCCCACGUGAAAAGUCACGAGGUACAGGGUCGACGGAUAAGCUCCAGGAUAAGGAGAAGGAAUCCGUAGGUGGCAAGAGUUUCGAUAAGAGGAAGAGGAAGAAAAUGUCGAGCAGAAGUCAAAGCUCUUCUGAGAACGCGUUAGUGCCUAGCAAACUGAUCUCCUUGUCUUUGUCCCUUCUCCUCGCGGCUUUAUUGCAAGCUGUCAGGUGUCUGACCGACCUGGUGGAAGACGCUUUCAGGUCUGUCAGCUACGACAGAAGCGGCCUAUUGCAAUAG